AGUUGCAGACAACUCAGCCAGAACCUGACCAUGUGACAUCUAGCCCUACAAACCAUACGAUAACCUCAAUGGUUCAGCCAGAACCUGCCCAUGUGACAGCUAGACCAACAACCCAAACGAUGACCUCAACGGUUCAGCCAGAACCUGCCCAUGUGACAGCUAGGCCAACAACCCAAACGAUGACCUCAACAGUUCAGCCAGAACCUGCCCAUGUGACAGCUAGGCCAACAACCCAAACGAUAACCUCAACGGUUCAGCCAGAACCUGCCCAUGUGACAGCUUGGUCUACAACCCAUACGAUAACCUCAAUGGUUCAGCCAGAACCUGCCCAUGUGACAGCUAGAUCUACCCUCCUUAAGAUGCUAAAGACAGUUAAGGCACCAACAAAAGCCUUGAACGUUCCAGAUACAGACGAUGAUCUGUUUGACGAAGCGGGUACUACAGGCUUUUUUGCAUGGGCAGUACUUACUACUAUAGCUCUGAUACUCCUCAUCGUCAAGAAACUUGUGUUACAGAGAUGUGACUUGAAAUGUUGCACACAACCUUUACCAUCCCCACCACAACCACAAACAAUAGAACCUUUUGAGGAUAGAAUACCUAUGAAUCCUAUUAUGCACACCCCUCCAUCGCAAGCCUCAACUCCUGACACCCCAAGCACAGUAAUGUCAACUCCUGACACCCCAAGCACAGUAAUGUCAACUCCUGACACACCAAGCACAGUAACCUCAAGUGCCCCUUUGGUUUCUCAACAUGAGCCAGUAUCGGCUAAUACAAGGUCAAAGAAGAAAUUGUUCUAGACUAAAAUGAUAUACGAGUCUUGUGAACGGAAUAUGUGCAUACAUUCUCAAAAGAAUACAGGUAUAUUCUUUUUACAUUUGUGAUGUUUUACUACAUGAUGGUAAUUGAGCAUAUAAAUUUAGCUGUGUUGUCAGAAAAGAUGAUGUACAUUUUUUUUUACUUGAUUGUUUUAUUUUGAGAAAAUGUAUUGUUAUCAUACAUAUGACAACAAGUAAGUGUUUAUGUUUGUGUAUUACUUUUGAUAAUGAGACAUACAGAGUUAUUUUGACAAGAAAAAAAUUUAUGUGAAAAAUAAUUCUUGAGAAAAACAGCUAUUAAGCUGUCCCCCCCUUUUUUUUACUUGAUUGUUUUAUAAAGCUGUCCCCCCCUUUUUUUUUUACUUUGUUUUAAAUGAGAUUUACUAGGUGAUGGUUAAUUACCUGGGUUGUCAGAUGAUGUACAUCUUUUUUAAUUGAUUGUUUUAUUUUGAGAUGACGUAUUGUUAUCAUACAUAUGACAACAAUGAGUGUUAGUGGGAUAUUUUUACACAAGUAAGUGUUUAUGUUUGUGUAUUACUUUUGAUAGACAUACAGAGUUAUUUUGACAAGAAAAAAAAAUCUAUGUGAAAAAUAAUUCUUGAGAAAAACAGCUAUUAAAGGUGCUUGGACACAGAUUUGAAGUUAAUAUUUACUCAAAUUUUCUGUAUAAUUUCAUGACUUAUAUGUUGCUAUAGCAUUUCAUACGAAAAUUUGAUAAAAAUCUUAUUUUAUCUGUAAGUUAUUGAAACUUUGAAUUUCUGGACG